AUGGCUGAUAUACCAUUGGCAUCCUUGUCUUUGACUCAUGUCCACUACGACCCCAAUGAUCCAAUUUCCUUUCUUUCUGCCUGGCUUGCCUUAGUGCCACAAGCGCUAUGCGUGAGCUAUGCUACCCUGAUCUGGGCUUCAAGAGAAGCUGAGGUAGUCUUGAUGUUUGCGGGUCAGAUGGGUUGCGAAGCACUGAAUUUUGUGCUCAAGCGCAUCGUCAAAGAGGAGAGGCCAAAACAAAUGCUGGGUAAAGGCUAUGGCAUGCCAUCUUCUCAUGCCCAGUUCAUGGCCUAUCUCGCCGUCUAUGCAUCACUCUUCCUCAUCUACCGACACAGCCCGAGCUUAUCGCAAUCAGGAGCAACCCUUUACUUCUGGACGCGAGUAUUGAUUUCCUUGGUGCUGUGUCUCGGUGCUGGUGCAGUAGCCGUUAGCCGCAUUUACCUGAAUUACCACACCCCCAAGCAGGUCCUGGCCGGGUGUGGCGCAGGUAUGAUCUGUGCGUUCGCUUGGUUCUUCAUCACCGGGCUACUCAGGUCGCAGGGAUGGAUUGAUUGGGUUUUGAACCUGGAGGUUGUUCAAUUCUUUCGUGUGAGAGAUUUGGUUGUGAACGAAGAUCUCGCCGAGGCCGGAUGGCAACGCUGGGAGGCCAAGCAAAAACUGAAGCGGAAGGGGGCCGGAGGUCAGGCAUCGUCGAAAACCGAAUAG